UUUUCAAUCCUCCUCCAUCUACAUUUACGAAUACAAUUUAAAAAAAAUAUCUCUGGGAGAACCGAUAUUUUGAGGAGGAUCAUUGUUGAAAGAUCAAUUGCCUUGACACCAUCGAGAUGGCGAAACAGUAUGAGCUCCCGUUCCAGCUCGAUGACCCUAGUCUCCUCCACUUCGAUUCAUUCGUAAAUAAUGAAUGGGUCACCGCUGCAGACGGAAACCGAUUUGAGGUCGUAGAUCCCGGAACGGGUAAACCAUGGGCUACCUGUCCCACGAGCACCGCGAAAGAUGUUCCCAGCACAGUUGAAGCGGCCCACGCUGCAUUCGAGGAAUACAAGAAGAUGAACCCGCGCCAGAAAGCGAUGCUAUUAAUGAAAUGGGAUGAACUUAUUCGUGAAGCUCGUUCAGAUCUGGCAAAGAUCCUUACACAUGAGACUGGCAAACCAAUUCCAGAGGCAUUAGCAGAAAUCGACUAUGCAUUGGGAUUCACUUGGUGGUUUGCCGGUGAAGCAGAGAGGAUUCAUGGUUCAAUCUCUACUCCUGCAGCUCCGAACCGUCGCGUUUUCACAAUCAAGCAACCAAUCGGCGUCGCUGCCGCUCUGGUACCCUGGAACUUCCCAAUCGCCAUGGUCUUGCGCAAAGCCAGCGCUGCAUUCGCUGCCGGCUGCACGAUGAUCGUUAAACCUAGCCCCGAAACCCCGAUCAGUACACUCGUCCUUGGACACCUUGCCAAAAAGGCCGGCUAUCCUCCAGGCGUCUUCAAUGUUCUCACAACUGACUUAGACAGCACCCCAUCCCUCAGUGAAGCUCUCUGCAAACAUCCUCUGGUCAAAAAGGUGACCUUCACCGGGUCCACACGCAUAGGCAAACUUAUUGCCUCCCACUGUGCCCACGGCCUGAAGAAACUCACCCUCGAACUCGGUGGAAACUGCCCCUUUAUCGUUUUCGACGAUGCCAAUUUGGACCAGGCCAUCUCCCAACUCAUGACUCUGAAAUGGCGACACGCUGGCCAGGCCUGCAUCACCGCGAACAGAAUCUACGUCCAGUCUGGUAUCUACGACAAAUUUGUCCAGCUAUUCAAAGAACGCACCGCUGCUCUCGUAGUAGGCCACGGAGCGAAAGAGAGCACCACCAUGGGACCCGUCACCACACCUCGCACUCUCGAGAAAGCCGCAAACCAAGUUGAAGAUGCACGCAAAUUGGGUGGGAAGGUUAUUCUCGGCGGAAAGCCCAAGACCGAUUGUGGAGGUGGAUAUUUCUUUGAGCCAACUAUCAUCACAGAUAUGACCCAGGAGAUGUUAAUAUCGCGAGAGGAGACUUUUGCACCCAUCGCCGCCGUGUAUAAAUUCGAUACAGAAGAAGAGGCGGUCAAAUGGGCUAAUGACACGAGUAUGGGAUUGGCGAGUUAUGCGUUUACCAAGAAUGUUGAUCGAAUGUGGAGGAUGUUGGAGAACCUGGAGGCGGGUAUGAUUGGAAUGAACACAGGCAAUUCGUCUGCUGCUGAGUCACCAUUCGGCGGUAUUAAGGAGUCAGGCUACGGCAAGGAGAGUGGCAAGGAUGUCGCUGUUAAUGAAUACUUGAUAACCAAGACCGGAACAUUUACGCUGGAAGGACAAUAUUAAAAACAUUUCAUAUUU